ACUGUUGACUUUCACAAAAAUCUUUAUUUUUCGAUAAAUCAUUCUAUAAAAUAAACCGGACAUUUCAUAAUCUAAAACAAACAUCGUCACAAAAAACUAGAUUAUCAUGUUCAUACCCACACGAACGGCGAACUCAUAGAAAAUUUGAAUGAAUAGAAAAUGAAUUAAUUAUUUCAUGUCAAAUUGCAACCUAAUCACUUACCUAUAAACAGCUCAUCAUUCACGUACAACAAAGAAGAAAAGGCCUCCCUCUUUCCUUUUUGUUUUACACGUACUUACGUAGUACUAUGAUCAGUCAUGCGUACCAGUUCAACUCUUCAACUUCAACUCUCUUUAUAUCUCUUAGUUUCUUUCCCUCUCCGUAGUAUAUGUACUCUGGAAUGGAUAUAAUCCACAUUUCUCAAUAAAUUCUCACCCUCACCGAUCCAAGUUGUAGUACUGCGAUCAAAAAAAAAAAAAGCAUAGAGAGGGAGGGAGAUAUGGGUGAAGAGGAAGUAGUAGUUUUAGCCAAGUCGAGUAGGUUUAGAAGGGUAUGUGUAUUUUGUGGGAGUAGUACUGGUAAAAAGAAAUGUUAUAAAGAUUCUGCUCUUGAAUUAGGACAAGAAUUGGUUUCCAGGAAGUUGGAUCUUGUUUAUGGAGGUGGAAGUAAUGGGUUAAUGGGUUUGGUUUCUCAAGCUGUUCAUCAUGGUGGUGGACAUGUCUUAGGGAUCAUUCCAAAGACUCUGAUGUGCAAAGAGAUAAUUGGAGAAACAGUUGGAGAAGUAAGAGAAGUAGCAGAUAUGCACCAGAGAAAAGCUGAAAUGGCUCGUCACUCUGACUGCUUCAUUGCCCUACCAGGUGGGUAUGGAACCUUGGAAGAGUUACUGGAGGUUAUUACCUGGUCGCAACUUGGUAUACAUGAUAAACCUGUGGGAUUGCUAAACGUUGAUGGCUACUACAAUUACCUACUUACAUUUAUAGAUAAGGCCGUGGACGACGGCUUCAUUAAACCAUCUCAACGUAGCAUUAUCGUAUCAGCUCCUAAUGCCCAUGAUUUAAUGCUCAAGCUCGAGGAUUAUGUACCUAUGCAUGAUGAUGGAAUGAUAGCUCAGGCAAGGUGGAAUGUUUGAGUUAACCAGCAAGUAGAGAAAUUAACUCCUUGGUGAAAGUUAAAGGGGUUCCCUAGCUUUCCCAGUUAGAUAUUCCGAACAAGGACAACUUUGGGAAAAGUCAAUAGUGAGAUCGCAACGACUUUCCCCCUGUUGAAAUGUAAGGCUGAUGUCGAACAAAAAAUGGCGCUAAGAAAAGUCCUGGGUGUCUGAACAUGGUAUAGUAUACUAUGGUACAAUAUAUGUUAGGGGACCAUUUUCGACUUGUAAUUUUUUGUUUCGUGACAGUUGUUAACGUACAGUGAUUAUCCAACCACAUUUAUCACAUAGGUAGUUUGAGCGCAAUCCAUUUAUUUAAAGCCUAUUACCCAAA